UGUCACAGAUGACAAUUGUCAAAAUUUUUUCAGUUUUUGGCGGAAUACUUUUUAUUUACAACAAGAUACUAGUGAUUCGAUAGAUCAAAAGUGACGAUUUGUGCUGUUCUAAAAAUUAGAUAAAUCAACGUCCACGUUAACAGUAUCGCAAUAAAAUAUUCCUCCUAACCUACAAAAACCGAACUUAUGGCUAAGAGAGGUGCAACUAGUGAUUUAAACCAUGAUAACUGGGAUAGAGAAGAAGAACGAGAAGAAGCUGGAACGUUUUCUAGAGCAUCAGAAGAACAAAUAAAAACUAGAACAAUUAAAACUGCCAGAAGACGAAAUCCCAUUUCUAGUAAUGGAGAUGGCGACAAAAAGGGUAGUGCAUUCUCAGGUUUCUCAGGAUUUGGCAAAACAUCCACACCAACCACACCAAACUUUAAUUUCUUGUCGAAUUUGAGUAAAACAAACGGUACUAUCGAAAAAGACACACCGAAGUCGGAUAAAUCGGAUACACCGUCGUUCAGUAUUCCGAGCGUUGAAGGGAAAGAAGGCGUUAAGAAACCUGAUGAAUACUUUGCCAAACUGAAGGGUCUUAACGAAAGUGUUGCCAAAUGGAUCACCAAACAUGUCAAUGAAAAUCCAAUGAUUGAUCUGGAACCGGUUUUCAAGGACUAUAGGAAAUAUUUUGAUCAGCUGGAGAAGGACAGGAAAAAUAAAGAAAAUGCACCCCAAGACAAUGGAACAAAACCACCGGAAGAUGAAUCCACAAAUCAAUCAGAAAAUAAAGCUCCUCUAUUUUCCUUUGCACCAGCUAAUCCAGCUUCAACAGCUUCUAACUUCAGUUUUGGUUCAUCCACAGCCAAACCAACGUUUACUUUUGGUUCAGCAAAUAAUGCACCAACAACCAAAAGCGGUUCAGAGAAUUUCUCAUUCGCAAGUACCGUGUCUACAGCGUCGUCGACAAAUUUGAGUUUCGGUACUCCCACUUUUAACUUUGGCAAUGCAAUAAAACCAGCGGAAAAAAAAGAUGAGGAGCCAGAUAAAAAUGGUGUGAACGAUGAUGAAGAUGAGCCGCCGAAAGUGGAAUAUAAUCCGGUAAUGGAAGAGGAUCACAUUUACACCAUCAAAUGUAAACUUUUUAUUAAAAAGGACGGGAAAUUCGGAUCGGGCAGUGUGGGAAAUCUGUUUCUGAAAAAUGUAAAGGAUAGUGAUAAAGUACAACUGAUCGUGAGGGCGGACACGAAUUUAGGAAAUGUGUUGUGCAAUCUUAUCCUAUCAGAAAGCAUUCCUACUCAAAGGUUAGGUAACAAAGAUGUAAUGUUAGUGUGUUUGCCUUUACCUGACAGCAAGCCUCCUCCAACCACUGUCCUUUUGAGAGUGAAAACGGCAGAAGAUGCUGACAACCUGUUAGAAACUCUACAGAAGCAUAAAAAGUGAUUUUAUUAAAUUUAUUUUCGUCGCUCAAUAAAUUAUGUUUAAUUUUUAA